CUUAACUCAUCUAUAUAUGAACUCCAAUCUGGAAUUGCUGCCUACCUUCUCCUAGGGUUUUGAAGUAGGGCAAUAAGCUGCAGCUCUGAGGUAAUAUCCUCCAAAUUUCAUCUCGAGGAAUUUUCAUGUCGAGAUAAAUGUUUUCAACAAUUAGUUGGUAUCUUUGUAUGCGCAUAUUACAGUUCUAUACUCACUAUGAAGAGUUUGUGUGCGGGUCAAAUCGAUGAAGAGUGCCGUAUAUUUAUCAGCUUUUAGCUGAGAUCUGUUGUUGAUUUAAUGAAUUUAUUUGGUGAUCUGUGUUGCGUUAUUCUUGGCAUAGAUUUAACUAUACUGUCGUGUUGUUGGAUGACCAUUGGAAUCUUGCCCAUGUUUUAUUUAGGUGAAUACUUUCAAUUUUCAUGGCGUGCUGUUGACAUUCAGUCUUCGUUAAAUAGCUCAUUGAUUUCUUUAAAUCAACUUUUUAGAUACGUGACAUUGGUUGUAGAAUUUUAUUCUCCCCAUGUCUUGACUUUUUGAUGGAUGGGCUGAUAACUUUGUAUCGUUGUGAUGAUUGAAAUGUACUCCCAUAAAUAACCUUACUAAUCAAGGCUGGAGUCUCAAAAGGGUUCUUCUUGCCAAUGCCCCGUUAUUGGGGUGUUGCAAAGAAACACCAAAGGAGCCCGAGAAUUGGCAUACUAAACAGUUGCCAUAGGCCUUUGGUUUGGGGACAUUUCAUUUCAUUUGCAAAGAAUACGGAUUUAGUCCUCUGUCCUAAGUCAUAACUUGGUUUCUGUUCUUUUUGCUUUGUGCUUUCAAAUUUAACGUAACUAAUUUGGUAGAUGUUCUUUUGUUGCUGUACUUUUGAAGAUUUUUAAUGAGCGCAUAAUAAAGUUUCAUGUGAUUUGGUGACAUAAUAUGGUUGAGAAAAGCAUUCGACUAUUCUGUGAUAAUCUGCUCAUUUUGUGCUAAUAAUGAAACUUUGCUAUUUGAACUGUGAAAAAUUCAAUCCUAUUUUUUAUUGUUAGAUCAACACAAACCAUCCAACAGUAAAAGUCUGGUGAAGGUAGUACCUUCACCUGUGUAGGGUCGAAUUUGCCCAGAAUUGCCAUGUGGAUGGAGCAAAAAUUCAUGGUGGACUGUUUUGAAUGUUUCUGAUAUAGUUGGUUCUUGUAUUUAAAUUUAUGACAUUAUUCUCAUUACGUAUAACCUUCAUUAUAUGUCUAUAAUGUCCAUGAAAUAGAUUGUGGUUGUGCUCGUGAUUAUUAUUGUGAGAAAUGAAUUUAAAGUGUACUAGUCUUGCAGAAUUUAGAACAAUGUCUCACCGAAAGUUUGAACACCCAAGGCACGGAUCUUUGGGAUUUCUUCCAAGGAAAAGAGCCUCUCGUCACAGAGGAAAAGUGAAGGCUUUUCCCAAAGAUGACCCAACAAAAGCUUGUAGGCUCACUGCUUUUCUUGGUUACAAAGCUGGGAUGACACAUAUUGUGCGUGAAGUUGAAAAACCUGGAUCAAAACUCCACAAGAAGGAAACAUGCGAGGCAGUGACAAUCAUAGAAACACCACCAAUGAUUGUUGUUGGGGUUGUGGGUUACGUAAAAACACCACGUGGCCUCCGUUGUCUGAAUACUGUUUGGGCCCAACAUCUCAGUGAGGAUGUGAAGAGGAGGUUCUACAAAAAUUGGUGCAAGUCCAAAAAGAAGGCGUUCACCAAAUACUCCAAGAAAUUUGAAAGUGAAGAAGGGAAGAAGGACAUCGAUGCCCAGUUGGAGAAAAUGAAGAAGUACUGCACAGUCAUUCGUGUCUUGGCUCACACACAGAUACGCAAGAUGAAAGGUCUCAAACAGAAGAAAGCCCACCUGAUGGAAAUUCAGGUCAAUGGUGGAGAUGUUGCCAAGAAGGUUGAUUUUGCAUAUGGAUUUUUUGAAAAGCAGAUUCCAGUUGAGGCCGUCUUCCAGAAGGAUGAGAUGAUUGACAUCAUUGGGGUGACCAAAGGUAAGGGGUAUGAAGGUGUGGUGACUCGUUGGGGUGUAACCCGACUUCCCAGGAAAACCCACCGUGGGCUCCGCAAGGUUGCAUGUAUUGGUGCUUGGCAUCCUGCUAGGGUUUCAUUCACUGUGGCCAGGGCUGGUCAGAAUGGGUAUCAUCAUAGGACAGAGGUGAACAAGAAGAUAUACAAACUGGGGAAGGCUGGACAGGAAUCUCAUUCUGCCAUGACUGAAUUUGAUAGGACUGAGAAGGACAUCACACCAAUGGGAGGGUUCCCACACUAUGGUGUGGUGAAAGGUGACUAUCUAUUGAUUAAGGGGUGCUGUGUGGGCCCCAAAAAGCGUGUGGUGACCUUGAGGCAGUCACUGUUGAACCAGACUUCGAGGGUUGCCUUGGAAGAUAUCAAACUCAAGUUCAUCGACACAUCCUCCAAGUUUGGACACGGCCGCUUCCAGACAACUGAUGAGAAGGCCAAGUUUUUUGGCAGGCUCAAGGCCUGAGGUCAAUAAAUUCUUUUUCUCUGGGAAUGUUAUUCAUUUUUCUUGUUUCAAGUUUUUGAAUUUUGAAACUGCGGAAAGAAUGUUCUUUCGAAGUUUGGAACCUUAAAUGGAAUUUUUGUUAUUCUUCAUCCUAGUGUUUGGAAACCUUAAAUGGAAGUUCUGUUUUCGUAGUCCGGAGUCUGGCUUAGUCAAUAAACCAAUAUACUAUUUUUUUUACAAGUAUACGUAAUGUGUUAUAUUUUAAAACACGAACAAAUCUGAGUUGAAAUACUUGAUAGACUAAAUUAUGAUUUGUACUUUAAAACACAAACAAAUCAGAGUUGA